AUGGCGCUCUCCAAGCGCGACGAGAUCGAGCUCCGCGGCGAGCUCGCGAGCCUGAGCUACGACCUGCCGCUCGGGUCGACGUCGCUGGUCAAGGCGCUCGUCGACGACCUGCAGAGCACGACGCAGGCCUACAGCUCGCUCCAGGCGCAGGAGGAGACGCUCUCGGGCGAGCUGAGCUCGCUGCAGGGCGUCGUCGUGCCGCUGCGCAAGGAGAACGCGCGGCUCGUGCGCGAGAGCAACGCGCUCCACGGCGAGCUGCUGCGCAAGGCCGAGCAGCACUUCGACGCCGACGCCGCGGAGCGCGACGCGCACGUGUCGACGCGGCGCGCGCUCACGGAGGCGCGCUACCUGCUCAAGAAGCACAAGAUCCCGUUCGGGUACGACGAGGGCGCCGCGGGCGCCGAGGUCGGCGCGGACGAGGACGCGGACGCCGCGGCGCUGCGUCUGCGGGUCGGCGAGCUCGAGGCGCGGCGCGCGGACGACGAGAAGGUCCGGGACCGCCUCGUCUUCCUCGCGGAGGAGCGCGAGAAGGAGCUCGCGCGGCUCAACGGCCUCGUCGCCUCCGGCGCGACGGCGACGGCCGGGUCGGCGUCGGCGCUCGCGGAGAACGAGCGCGUCGUCGCGGCGCUCCGGCGCGAGGUCGACGCGCUCAACGCGCAGGUCUCGGAGCGCGACGGCGUCGUCGCGGGCCUCAGGGGCUGCCAGGACGACGUCGGCGCGCUGCGCACGGCCCUCGCGGCGGCGCGCGACGAGAUCGCCGAGGCGCGCGCGGCGACGCGGGACCGCGAGGCCGCGGACGGCGAGCGUUUGCAAAAACUGGCGGCGGACGCCGCGGACUCGCGCGCGGACGCGGAGGACGGCGAGGACCGGGCGGCGCGCUGCGAGGCGCGCGCCGCGCGCGCGGAGCACGCGCUCCAUCGGGCGAAGCUCGCGCUCGCGGCCGCGGCCGCGCGCGUCGCGCCGCCGCCGCCGCCGCCGCCGGGGCCCGCGGCCGCCGCGGCCGCGGCGCCGCCCGCGGCGGCCGCCGCGCUCGCCGCGGAGCGCGAGGCCUGGGCCGACGCGCUGGCGUCGGCCGUCGACGAGCUCGACGCCGCGCGCGCC